CGGGGAUGAGGUAACGCUUGUCCGGCCUGGUGCAGGAAGAGAUCGCGGGUCAGUCCGGCGCUGGGGGGAAGAUUUGCUCUUUCACUAACAAAUCUGUCAUCAAGACAGCGAUUAAUUGAGGAUUGUGUAGUUUCUGGAUGGUCCAUUUUCUAUUUAUGUGAAGAUUGUAUCAUAUACUUGCUUGCUGUUACUUAGUGCCCAGAUCUCUGUGCCACUCUUGGCAGUUCCAGGAGAGUGACAUGGGGAAGAGUUGUAAGGUGGUGGUGUGUGGGUUGGCAUCUGUCGGAAAAACUGCCAUUUUGGAACAGCUACUGUAUGGAAACCAUGCUGUUGGUUCUGAGACAAAUGAAACCUUGGAAGAUAUUUAUAUUGGUUCUAUAGAGACAGACCGCGGUGUCCGGGAACAAGUCCGUUUUUACGACACCAAAGGCCUGAGAGAAGGCACUGAGCUGCCCAAGCACUACUAUUCCUUUGCUGAUGGGUUUGUGCUGGUAUACAGCAUAGACAGCCGUGAAUCCUUCAAGCGGGUCGAAGCUCUGAAAAAGGAAAUUGACAGAUCUCGCGAUAAGAAAGAGGUGACCAUUGUUAUUCUGGGAAACAAGUGUGACCUUCAGGAAGAGCGACGUGUGGAUUAUGAUGCCGUACAGCAAUGGGCAAAGCUGGAGAAGGUUAAACUCUGGGAGGUGUCCGUGGCAGAGCGCAAGACUCUGAUUGAGCCUUUCGUCCAUCUGGCCAGCAAGAUGACGCAACCUCAGAGCAAGUCCACCUUUCCCCUUAGUCGGAAAAAGGGGAGCGGUUCAAUUGACACCUGAUAACAAAUGCAGAGAUGCCAUUGAAGUGCAAUAUUUUAUUUCAUUCCUGCAAAGUUUAUAUCAUGAAGAGCUAUUCUUAUUUAUGAUCAGGUUUUUUUCUUCACUCAUGUAAUAAAUCUAUUGAGCUUUAUCAAAGCUAAAUCUU